GAACCCAAUCUCGCUCGUUCGCUCGCUCUCUUUCGGUUUAACGUGUGUGUGUGCGUGUGUGUGUGAGCGCGCGCGUUUAAGAUGCGCGAUUUGUUAUACAAAAUUGACAACGAUUAAUAUAUACAUAUAUGUAGAUAUAUAUAUACAUACGAACUGGUCAGCACAGCUGGUAACCCUAACUCGCUUGCAUUUGCAUUGCAAUUAGGAAAUCAAUAUUGCAUCUCUCUCGCACUCUCUCGAAUAUUUGCGAUCAAUCGCCAACGACCAUCGGCACGUCCAUUCAACUGCACUCAACCCACACACAUAGAAAAAGAUGAAAAAAUAAAAUAAAAUUAGAAAAAAAUUAGAAAAAAAAAACAAACGACUUUGUGCGCAGUGCAAAAAGCAAAAUCGUGAUAAAUUUUCGCUGAAAUUGUGCAAACGAUUUUUUGGUAAAGAAAAAAAAAACAAACAUUUAACAACGACUGCAUGUGUAUGAGUGUGUGUGUGUGUGUCUGUAUGUGCAGGUGUCUCUCAUCUGUGUGUGUGUGACUAAUUAAGAAUUUGAUGUGCAUUUGCAAAGCGAUUUCAAAAGAAGAUCGAACUACACUCGCCUCAACAAGUGUAACAAUUUGUUUAUUCAUCAUCAGCAACAACAAACAACAGCAACUCAAAUAACAACAACCAACGACAAUAACAACAACAGCAACAACAACUAGUGUAAUUAGAACUGCGCAAAACGCUUUUAGCCGCAAUUUGAUGAGUCAAGAUUUUAAAGAAGGUUUCCAAAUCGAAACUCAUACAGAAAAAAAAUAAAAUGCCUGGAACGCCAGCUUAAAACUUUUCUCCCAGCCAAGUGAAAAAUUGAAAGCGAAUAAAAAGCGACAACAAAAAUAUAAAUCAAACUGAUACAAGAAAGUACUUGCAAUAGGAGUCAAAAUGCCGCCUCAACCUCAGCAUCAACAAGGACCAACAACAACAACAGCAACAGCAAAUGGUGGACCACGUGUCAGCUUCAAUCGGGAUGUUCAUGUGAAGCGCAUAGCCAAGCGUCCCAACGAACCGUCAGAGUACGACUACGAGACAACAGAUCUAGCGCCGAUUGGCUUGCAGGGCUACCAUCAGCUGCCGCCGGACAUCGAUCCGGAGGACAUACGCAAGGAGGCGGCUCUAGUCAUCGCCCAGGCCGGUCAGCAUCAGAGCAAGGCGGCCAACGGGGAUAAUAUACCCACGUUUCGUGUGAAGCAGAAGCCGCGCCCGAGCUCCAGCAGCGACGCGCAGCGCUUCCAUUCGCUGCCCACGCGUCGCAAAAAGGGCAAGCCUGUGGCACGCAGCGUGAGCGACGCCUCAGCGGCCAAGAAGCCAGCGAAACGUCCCUCGAUCUUUGGCCUGUUCAGUCGCAAGAGCGACACGAAUGUCAGCCAGUUGGAGCGAGAUCCACGCUUCGAGGACGGACCGCCAGGACGUCGUUUAGUGCGCAGCAAAAGUGAUGUGGGCAGCACUCCAAAGGAAUCCCGCAACAGCAAAGUGAACAACAACAACAACGGCAAGAAGAACGAGCCAGCGAGUGCAGCAGCCAAGCAGCAGCUGAGUCCGAUCAUCGAGCAGACGCAGCGGGAGGAUUUCUUUGAGCAGGACUAUUUCCGGGAACGUGAGCGACGCAAAUCGGACGCUGUUACUGUGCGCGAGAAGCAUGAGAGCGGCCAGGGCCUGAGUGAGCUGCUCUCGCGCAGUCGUUCCAAAGCGGAGGUGGACGGAUCUCUGUUGAAAAGGCAAUCGAUAAGCGGUGCAUCGGCCACAGCAACAGGAGCAUCGAUAUCCGCGGGCAUUCGGGAUCGCAUCGAGACCCUAAAGGCCAAGUCUAGCGAAAAUAUGCACAGCUCACAGCAGCCGGCGGAGCGAUUGCCCCUGACCAGGGGCCGCACCGUCAAUGGCCUGGUGAAGCGACUGUCUAUGGAGCGUUUCUCACCACAGCCGGUCAUUAGUCAGCCGGCCUUCUCCUACAUACGGCCCAACGAGGGCAUCACCUACGCCCAGCUUGAUCUGAGCGAUGAGCCACAGCAGCAGCAACCACAGCGUGUUUCUGGCCGAGAUUCGCGUACACCUCAGCGCGAAUUCCCACCGCCAAGGCCACCCAGAGCUAAUGAGAGACCAUUGCGAAGCUACUCGCCCAUACAGAAUGGAGGCGUGGGAGCAGGAGGAGCAGGAGGAGCAGGAACUCCUUCCAGAUUGACCAGCUCCCACUCGCCCUCGCCCUGGCAACAGCUCAGUCCACGCAAUCUCAGUGAUGAGGACGAAGGCCUUGGCUUUGAGACACGCAAAUUGUAUUACGAGGAAGAUUUACCCAAGCAGGAGCGCAGAGCGGAGCCACCCAUUGUGCCCGUGAUUAGGAGCGUCAGUCCGGCGCCCUAUCUGGAUGAGUUGGGCUAUCGGCGAGCGCAGCUGGAGAAUCGCAUAUUGACGCGUCGCUUCGGUGAGGGGGCUACGCUGGAACGGCAGCACAACUACAAGCAGGAGCGCGAAAGAUUCCUCGACUAUCCCAGUCCAGAGAGGGAGCGGGAAAGGGAGAGGGAAAGGGAACGGGAAAGGGAGAGGGAAAGGGAAAGAGAAAUGGAACGAGAACUGGCUGUCGAUGAGCGUUAUCAUCGACCGGUUCAGCUGGAGUUGGAAAAUAGCACCACACUGCCGAAGGUGGAGAAGACCUCGCGCUAUCGCCACACCAAAUACUAUGACGAUGGCAACGGUGGCAUCAAGGAGACCUACGUGCGGGAGACCCAAAGGGAUGGGCAGGUACGUGAGUCGCGGCACAGGGAGAGACUCGGCUCGUCGCCGCGCGAGCUCGAGGAGCAGGAGCCGAAGAGCCUAGACUCGCAGCUGACGGUGGGCACGGAUCAAUACAGAUCCUCGCCAGAGCUGCGUAACACCGAGCGCGGACGGCUGCAGGACUAUUGGCAGAGCAGCCUCAAGCGGGACAAGCUGCAGCAGCGCAGCUUCGACAAGGGCGAUUCGGGCAUUGAGAACGAUUUUCGCAAGGAAUCCUUCAAUGGUGAUUUGACCACAAGAUGGCGCAAGCGCACGGCCCUUGAUGAUAUGAGGGCUUGCGAGUCCUUUUUGCGCAAGGAGCGUCGGGAGAGCGCUCAGCAGCUGCAGGAGCUGCAGCGACUGCGACGCGAGCACAGCUAUGUCUACAGGGAGCGCUCCAUAGACGAUGGCUCCCACUUUGAUCCGCAUCUGGACAAGUAUACCGUAUCCACGAGCACCUUGCGCCGCCGAGAGCAGCAGCAAACGCAGCAGCAGAAGCAGCGCGAGGACUCCAGCACGCUCAAGCGCAACAAGAAGCUGGGCGGCUUUGAGAAGGUGAAGCAGCUAUUCAUUGGCAGCGGCAGCGGCGGCCGCGGCGGCAGCAACGGUGGCAGCGGUCGCAGUAGCGGCAGCAAUGUCUCCAGCGGCAAGAAAGACACACAGUCACGUCUGACCAAUGGCAGCAGCAGCACGCUGAGCCGCCGUGACAAAGAUAAGGAGCGGUCCAGGCUAGAGCGGGAGCGGGAGAAGGAGCGCUAUAUGGUACGGGAAGAGGAGAUGCGUUCGCGCUAUCGCGAGCAUCAUCAUCAGACAUCAACCGAGGAGACCUCACGCGAACCAAAGACUAUGGACAUCUCUAUGCGCCGUCGCCUCUCCACACCGAAAGCUAGUCCACUGCUGCUGAAGAAGCCGCCCAAGCAGAAGCCCACGCUGACCAGCUCCACAUCGACGCCCGUCAAGACGGAGAAGACCAGCUGGUUCAAGUCGCUGGAUCGUCGUGCCAAAAGCAAUCCCAAGGAGCAGCUCAAUGUUUCAGUGAAUGGACACAGCGAGGUCAGCUCCAGCAGUUUGAAGCGCAGCAAGCGAAAUGCCAACGCCGCCCCAGCGCCAGCCAAGAAUUUGCGUUUCUUUGGCGACACCGACCUGGACUCGAAUCCGCCAACCAUCUCCAAGGCCAGCGGCAUGCCAAGACGACGGCCACAGCUGUCGAAGCACUCGCAGAGCGCUUACCACUUGGAUCGCAGUCCGCCGCCGCCGUCGCGCGACUACCGCCAGAGUCUGUCGACGACGGCAGCGACGACGUCGCUGACCCCGGGCGGAGCACGGCAGCGCGCCAGCUCGAUGCAGCACUUGGAGCAUGGCAGCGAUGAGGUGGACUUCCGCAAGCGACGUCACUAUUCGCGCUCCCGCGAACUGCACGACAUCUCCGAGAGCGGCUCCGAGCCGGAGCCAGUGGAGCGACACAAGCGCGGCGCCGCACAGCGCGCCAUGUCGCUGGAGCGAUCGACGGAGCUGCCGAAGCGCUACGAGGACAGGCCGCUGCUCGGACCGCCGAAGCCGGCGCGCAGUGCCGAGCGGCGCGGGCUGACGCCGAGUGCAGUCGAUGGCGGCUAUGGGAAGGAACGCUAUCCGGCGGAGAGUUCCGGCACCGAGGGCGAGUCGAGCCUGCACAGCCAGCGCAGCGUGGUCUAUUUGCAUGCCACCACAGUGGGCGACAUACCACAGCCAUAUAAUCUGCGCCGUCGCUCGAUGUCGCGCGACGAUCUGCGCAAAGGAGGCGGCGCGGGAGGAGCUGGCGGCAAGCCGCCGCUGCAGCCCAUGACGCGCACUGUGUCGCGCUCCGUCUCCAUGCUGGCGCCCUGGAAGCCCAAGCACAUCAGCGAGGGCUACGAGAUCAACUAUUCGCAGGAGCAGAACAAGCGCAUCUCCACGCUGCCACGGAAGCCGCCGCCCCACAAUGGAGCCACCAGCGCUAGCACGCUGAGCCGGCUGGGCCGCAAGCAGGAGUCUUCGGCGUCGGCCUCGUCGUCGUCUGCCCAUCGACGCCUCAAUGGCUACUCCGUGGACGAGCGUCCGGCGCCCACGCGUUCGCUGCUGUCGGCAUCGAAUUUGCGCACCGCCAAGACAAAGUGAGGGGCGUGCUGGCAUAGUAAUAGUAGUAAUAGUAACCAGACCAGGCCAGGUGCUGUAGCCGCCUCCGCUGCUGUUAAUAUUUAACUACACCUAGUUUGCUAAUCGUAAUCCGAAUCGAAACAUAUUUCUAAUCAAACGCAAAGCCCGUUAAGGCUGCAGAGCAACGGAAACGGAAGCUCAGGCCGAGCGGCAUUUAGUUCACUAAGGACUCUUAACCCUUGUUGCAAUUCUCGUCAUAUUGUAAAUGUGAWGUGUACGUAUAUACAUACUUAUAUAAUAUAUA